ACAGAGAAAGAGAUCUAUCGGAUUGACCACUAUUUGGGUAAAGAGAUGGUACAGAAUAUUCUUGCCCUACGUUUUGGGAACCGUCAGUUGGAGCCGACCUGGAAUAAUGAACACAUCGCUAACGUUGAGGUGCUGUUCAAAGAGCCGUUCGGCACAAUGGGAAGAGGGGUUUACUUUGAUGAAUAUGGUAUGAUUCGAGAUGUGGUGCAAAACCAUUUACUUCAAGUGUUGGCACUCAUAGCUAUGGAGAGACCGGAAGCUAACGAUGCGGAGAAGAUUCGUGACGAAAAAUUAUAUCUAUUGAAACACAUGAAAGACUUAGCGAUGGAAGACAUAGUGUUGGGUCAAUACGUGGGGAAUCCUAAGGGUGUGGGCGACGCCACUAAGGGUUAUACCGAAGACGACACCGUGAAAGACAAGAACUCGACGACUGCCACCUAUUCUCUGGUCACGCUUCACAUCGAUAACGAUCGCUGGAGAGGAGUUCCCUUUUUCAUCAGAUCUGGUAAAGCGACUGAUGAGAGCAGAGUUGAGGUUAGGGUUCAAUACAAACCAUUGGCUGAAGACCUGUUCAAUGGUCAGGCGAAGCGGGAUAUGACUAUCAUUCGUAUUCAACCCAAUGAAGCCGUUUAUCAAAGACUUAACAUUAAGAGACCCGGAAUGAGCAAUGAAUUGAUUGAGACUGAACUCGAUCUCACUUAUGCCACCCGUUUCCAUAACGCAUACCUUCCCGAUGCCUACGAGCGCUUAUUGUUGGAUGUAUUCAACGGAGAACAGGCUAACUUUGUCCGCACAGACGAGUUGAGUGAGGCCUGGCGUGUGUUCACUCCCGCCCUCCACACCAUUGAAAAGGAGAAGAAAAUGCCCGUUAAGUAUGUGUUCGGCGCCCAGAGUUUCAAAGAAGCCGAUGAUCUCGAGGCUAAUACACUAUAUAAGGAGGGAUUAUUGCCGAAGAACUUCCAGAUCGCGGGUUUCGCGCACUCGAAGUCAUCGGUUGAGGCCAUUAGAAAACUGGUGGACCCGUAUGUCGUCAAUACCCUUAAGAAUGAACACGAGAAGCAACUGUACGAACAGUUCUGGAAGAUUGUGACCUAUAAUUCAGGCGACUCUCAAGCGGACAAAGACUACGCGCCAGUUGUGGACAUCAUUAGCAAGUUUGAAGUCGGAAAGACAAAGGGACACCGAUUGGUGUACUUCGCUCUCCCCCCGAGUCUAUUCGCCAAAACAGCCCUUGCAGUCAAACACACCAUUUACUCUAAAACCGGUUGGACUCGACUUGUAAUUGAGAAACCCUUUGGAAGGGAUAGCGAGUCUUCAAAGGAGUUAUCCGACGCUUUGGCCCCAAUUUUUACAGAGAAAGAGAUCUAUCGGAUUGACCACUAUUUGGGUAAAGAGAUGGUACAGAAUAUUCUUGCCCUACGUUUUGGGAACCGUCAGUUGGAGCCGACCUGGAAUAAUGAACACAUCGCUAACGUU